GGGCGGGGGAAAGGGGCGGGGUUAAACCGUCACUUCCGCCUUCACUUCCGGCGGCGCUUCCGGGUGCGAUGGACCCCGAGUUCGACGAUGUGGUGGCGGUGGAGGAUCUGAUGGCGCUGGAGCGGCGCUACGCGGCCGAGCGGCAGCAGGGGGCGCUGUCCCGGCAGAGCCGCUUCGAGUACGGCUGGGCCCUGGUUCGGAGCCGGUACCGGGAGGACACGGCCCGAGGGGUGGAGCUGCUCUCCGAGCUGCUGCCCGAGACCCCCCCGGAGGAGCAGAGAGACGUCCUGUUCUACCUGGCCCUGGGCAACUACCGGCUGCAGGAGUACGAGCGCUCCCUGGCGCACCUCGAGCGCCUCCUGGCGGCCGAACCCCAGAACCCGCAGGUGCUGCGGCUGCGGAGCCGCGUCCGGAACCGCCUGAGGAGGGACGGGCUGGUGGGCGCGGCCAUCGUUGGGGGCGUGGUCAUGGGCGUGGCCGGGCUCUUGGGCGUGGCCAUCGCGCGCGCCCGGCACUGACCACGCCCCCCUCUGUGACGUCACGGAGUGGGAGGGGCGCAAAGAGCGGCCCGCGGAUUGCGUCGGGGCGGAGUGACGUCACGACGCGGAGUGACGUCAGGGACAUCCCCCGCCCCUCCCCCCAGUGCCUUGGGGACACCCCCGGCCCCUCCCCCACCCCGCGCUGUCCCCUC